GUGGAGGAAGCCUGGCAGCCCCAACCCCUAUAAAUGCUGCUGUCUACCUUGCCCUCUGACUUGGAGGCAGAGACCCAUGCAGCUGAAGGCUCUGUGUGUGGGAGCAGCAGCUGGAGCUGGAGCCAUGUGGCUGAGCCCACUGGCCUUCACCCUUAUCUUGAUGGAAGCCUCUGGCACUGUGUGUGAAGUGAAGGAUGUUUGUGUUGGAAGCCCUGGUAUCCCCGGCAUUCCUGGAUCCCACGGUCUGCCAGGCAGGGAUGGAAGAGAUGGUGCCAAAGGAGACCCUGGCCCUCCAGGCCCCACGGGUCCCCCUGGAGAUAUGCCUGGUUCUCCUGGGAAUGAUGGGCUCCCUGGCAUCCCUGGAGAGUGUGGAGAGAAGGGAGAGCCUGGUGAGAGGGGCCCUCCAGGGCUUCCAGCUCAUCUGGACAAGGAGCUCCAAGCCACACUCCAGGACUUCAGACACCAAAUCCUGCAGACAAGGGGAGCCCUCAGUCUGCAGGGUUCCAUACUGGCAGUGGGAGAGAAGGUCUUUGCCACCAAUGGGCAGUCUGUCACUUUUGAUGCCACUCAAGAGGCAUGCGCCAGAGCAGGUGGCAGCAUUGCUGUCCCAAGGAGUCCAGAGGAAAAUGAGGCCAUUGCAAGCUUCGUAAAGAAGCACAACACAUAUGCCUACGUGGGCCUGACUGAGGGUCCUAGCCCUGGAGACUUCCGCUACUCAGACGGGACCCCUGUAAACUACACCAACUGGUAUCCAGGGCAGCCCGCGGGUCAGGGAAAAGAGACAUGCGUGGAGAUGUACACAGAUGGGCAGUGGAAUGACAAGAGCUGCCUGCACUACCGACUGACCAUCUGUGAGUUCUGAGAGGCGUUUAGGCCACGGGACAGGGAGGACCCUGUUCUGGCCAUCAGCCUCCAUCCCAACUCUUCACUUGUUGUGUGAGAUGCUGGAACUCCCUUUCAAUAGAAUUUACUUGUGGCCAUUAAGUCUGGAGGCAUCCGUAGCCACUUCAUUCCCCUGAUGGGACCUGACUCUUCCCCAUAAUCACUGACCAGCCUUGACACUCCCCUUGCAAACCCUCCCAGCCCUGUACCCCAGGCGACUCCUAACCUUGGCCUUCAGCAUGAGAUGGAACCUUGCUCAUUCCCCAUCUGGUCUAGCUCCUUCACUUACAGAUGGCAGCAGUGAGGUCUUGGGGUAGAAGGACCCUCUGAAGUCACACAGUGUGCCUGCCUCCUGGUCCCCUCUGCUCUCCCUCUGCAGCUCACUGCCUGCCCAGUGCCAUCACGAUGAGCAUUCCUGGCCAAGCAUAAUGACAGAGAGAGGCGGACUUCAGGGAAGCCCUGGCUGUGUGGAGCUGAGGACACAGUGGAGAUUCUCUGGCACUCUGAGGUCUCUGUGGCAGACCUGAUCAGGCUCUCCAUGAGGUCAGAGGGCCCAGGGGUGCCCCAGAACAGUGGUGGCCAAGCCAACCCCAUGAUGGACAUGUACAAUUCAUUCCUUUGAGUCUUUGAAUGCCAACUCAACCACCUGACCUGAAGACAGCCAGCCUAGGCCUCUAGGGAAGAGCCCGCUCCCAAGUAAGUUUCAACUGAUGGAUGAAUCUGAACCCCACAUCAGACUUCAGGGAGCAUUCACACCACCCCCACACCACUGGCUCUGCUUUCUCUUUUCAUUAAUCCAUUUAUCCAGAUAUUUCAUUAAAGUCAUUAUGUGCCAGGUCUUAGGAUAUGUCCUGGGGUGGGCAAGGUACCCAGAAGCGAUUGAGGAUUUUUUUUCCCUGAGCCUAUAUCUUCAUCUGUGAAAUGGGCAUAAAAUACUUGAUGUUGUCACAGUUAUUACCCCUCCCAGCUACAAAAGUUACUACACAUAGAGGCUAUUGACCAAGCACAUACCAGGUGGCAAGCAUUUUGACAAGCACUUUUAAUACAGCUUAUUAUUUACUAUUCAAUCUUCACACAAUGUCACGGGACCAGUAGUUUUCCCCAUUUUUAUAAGGCCACUGAAGCUUAGAGCAGUUAAAUGUUUUGAGUGUUAUUUCAGACAGCAAAAGGCAGAGGCUGAAUCCAAACCUAUCUUCCUGAAUCUGAAGCUCGUGCUACCAGCCACCCCACCCCUGAGCUGAACAAAGAUGAUUUAAGCAUAAUAAAUCAUGAAUGUGUUCACAUGA